GUUUUGAAUGCGUUACACAUAGGCAAACUAAAAGUAGCUCCUUUGAAAUAAACCAAUAGAGGAGAGGCUGUGUACAUAGUUAUUAGCGUCUAAUAAAUCUUAUGUCAAGAAAUUUAAGAGCUGCAACCAACUAUUCACGUUUUACUGAGCGUCUUGCACCAGCGAAUAAUGAGCGAAACACAAUUCCUGAAUUCCGCUAUUGAAACAGAUUCUAACUUCAAAUCUCCCCAUUUAAGCACAAGUUGCUCCCAUUUGCCCGUCAAAUUCACUAUCUAUGAACCGGACGCAGAAGACUCAGAUGAUUCCCAUCGCCUAGCUCAAGUAUCUAUAUCGAAUAAUAUGGUUGAUACGAAAGCUAUUGGCGACCCGUUCGACGAUAAUGAAGGUAAACGCUCGGUUAUGUCAAGUGUCCUUGGACCUUAUGUUCUCAAAAACACUCUAAGCAAUUCAUUCGCCUCCAUACCCAAUCACAUAAGAUCUGGAGAAUAUAAAAACAAGCAAUAUAAUACUAGUAAACAAUCUUGUCAAAAUAAUGCAAUAAAUUCUCUGCUUACAUCCAAAACAAGUUUGUCAUCAUCAUCGAUAAUUGGCUCGCAUAAAUUACAUCAAAGUAGUCAAAAUAUUCCAUUGAUUGGUCUGCGCUCCAAUUCCAACUUGACUAUAUCAUCAUUGUCAACAGUUCAAAGCCGUCAUAUUGUCGAGUCCAGUUCUACAAGUGCAUUGUCCAAUCAAAAUGUUUCAAAGCCAAGUCGAUCUCGACCUAGACGUUUUGCAAAUCUUUACAGCUCAUUAACUCCAUCCUACCGAACGAAAUUGGAACAAUUUCGACGUAUUUUUCGUGAUACUCCUGUUGAUACUGAACGACUACUUGUAGAUUAUUCAUGUGCUUUAUCUAAGAAUAAUAAUGGUCUAUUACUGCAAGGUCGAAUGUACAUUACUGAAACAUGGGUGUGCUUUUACUCAAAGAUUCUAUACGAACAGAAAAUAUUUUUGGCCGUCAAUGAGAUCGUUGCAAUUACCAAAGAGAAAACCGCUCGUGUUAUACCAAAUGCAAUCCAAAUUUUAUAUUCUAAAAAUCAUGAACGAUUUUUCUUCACAUCAUUCGCUUCCAGAGAACGAUCUUAUGCAAUAUUACGCAAAGUUUGGGAAAAUUGUCGUAAUCAUCAGACAAUGAGUAUUGAUGAAAUAUUACAACAAAUACGUGAUAUGUAUGGUGAUUAUAGUUUAGCUAUGGUUGAAGAUGAAGAAGAUACAGAUGGUGAUGCUGAAUUAGUGCCGACUACUUUUCCUCAUAUGCCGCGAACUUUAUCCGAUUCAUCUCUGUCUUCACAACUCACUGGUCGAUCGAAGUCGGCUUCACUUGAAGAUGUGUGCCAUUCGGAUCAACCAGUUAAUCUCGAUCGCUCUUCUAAAUGUUCCGUACUAGGAACUACGGAUGAUGAAUUAAAAGUUGUAUCCGAUGCUGAUAUUCCUUUUAAACAUGUUCCAUCCUUUUCAGAUCCGAGUCACUUCAGUACAAUUGGGGAUGAACCACAGUCUCAACAACUAAACACUAUCAAACGUUGUCCUACCCCUGAAGUUAAAUGUCAUUUAACAUCAGGAACUACACCUAAUGAAGUUAUGUCAGAUAGCUUUCAAGUGCCUCAUAAAUCUGUAAAAGAGAAAAAGAAACGUACGCGAAAAAAGCGUCUCGGAUCUCACCAUCAUGAUGAAGUAUCUAGUUCAAAACUAAUGCAACUUAAUUACUUAAAUACUCAGGACCCGUCACUUCCAGAUACAUCUGUAGUAAGUUCUACGGAACCUAUCACAUGUGGUCCAGGUCACGAUCAUCCAGGUAGAGUGUAUACAAACACUGACAUUCCAUUGAAUGUUAACGCCUUAUUUCAAUGUAUUUUCACGGAUUCGGAAUUCUUCUCGCGAUUCAGUGAACAUCGUGGUACAUUUGGAAUGAUUCAAUCUCCAUGGCCAAUAUUUAAGUGGUCUAGUCCCUCAGAAUGUUUAAAUCAGUUAGAAACUUCUAGUAAAAUUGAAAGAACUAUUACCUAUACACUAACAUUAAAACAGAAACUCGGCCCAAGAACAUGCACGGCAGUAGAACAACAGACUCUUCUCUCAAGUGAAUCCAUAUCUGGGAAAAGAUAUAUCAUUGAUGCUAAAGUUACAAAUCAUGCUGUACCACUAAGUAAUUGUUUCUAUGUAGUUAGUCGUUAUUGUUUAUUGUAUGUAAAUCGUACAACUAGCCGACUACACGUUAGUUCACAAGUUAUUUAUGAGAAACCAGUGUUUUUUGGAGCAAAAAGUAUCAUAGAAAACACUUGUCAUUCUGGUCUUUCGGAUUUCUUUGAUACAAUAACUAUUAAAUUAAAAGAAUUCUCUACAAAUUUAUCCUUAGAAGAACGUCUAACCGGUGGUUGGUUAGCACAACAGAGAGGAUGCUUAAACAAUAUUACUCCUUCGUUAAAUCCAUCAAAUAUUCAAAAUAAUCCACUAUUAAUUCAAAGUGUUAAUGGUAAUCAGAAUAAUCGUAAACUUAAUAAAGCUGAUACAUUGUUUACAGGGAAUGUAAACAGUAGUAAAGUUCCUGCAUCACGAUAUUCUGAUCAAGCGAAAUCAUCUAUAUUCAACAACUGUAUAAAUGAUAAUGCAAAUGUUAAAAAACAAAAUAAAACUACACUAUUCGGGUCUGGUGAUAUGACUUACUUAUUUAUGCGUCCAGAUCGUGCUUGGUUAUUACUAGUUGUUAUGUAAGUGGUAUUUUUGCGCAAGUAUUUUUUUGUGUGUUAAAUUCACUUCGAAAGUUUCCUAAUAAAUUAUUGGUCAGAGAAAGAGGUUUAUUAUUUUGUUCCACUUAUUCCCCAUGUGUGUGCUACUAAUGUUGACAGAUAUAAGUAGUAUUUAUCAUCAGUCAAAGUGAAAUGUCUGGAGGCAGAAGACCAAAGAAAAGAGGACGAAAACAAAGUGAUUGGUGUGAAAGAAUGAAGUCCGAGACGAUUGACUGAUAUUCGCAAAAAGAACAGUCAGGUGUGAGGCAAUUAAUUAACAUUCUGCAAACUAAGUAUUUACUGUAUGGUUCUCAGAUGUUCUGUAAUUUUGUGUUCACAUACACUCGAUUGUCCUUACUUGUGUUCUCAGGGAUUCUUUCCUCAUUUAUCAGUAAAAUAUUCGAAGUAUUUAUGAGCUAAUGAAUAGAGCAGUAAAUUAAUGACUGAAACACUCAUCUCUUAAGCAGAAAAGUUACGGGUUCUAACCUCACCGCAUCACUAUCCCUAUACAAUUUAACUCAAAAGAGUACAUAAACAUGUACUUAGUGGUUGUUUGAUACGACGUACUGCUGUAUAACAGAUAAUCAAUAUGAAGACUUAUUUUCUUAAUUCAUUGUUCAAACGGCCGAAUCGACUAAUACGCCACAUGAAUGGAAGACAUGUAGUGGUAGAAGUUUGUCAUUAUGUUGUUUCAAUUAAUCGUAGAUACAUCAAAAAACUAUGUAACCCAUGUAGCAGUUGUGGAAAAUUCUUUAUUUGAUUAGAAUUCAGUAUUAUUGUGUAUAUUCAAACAUAUAACGAAUAAAGAGACUAUUUUUAGAUAAUUCGACUAAUAAUCUUUUUUUAUAGGACUAUUUAAUCAGUGCUGUAUCAUAAACUAAAUUAACUUGUACCCCUUUUACUCCAUAUUUCAAUUUCAAGUCAGUUUCUAUCUACUGUAUUCGGUGUUUCCCUUCUCAUACAUACAACCAUUCUUAUUAAUGAAUACAUCUGUUCACAGAAUACUUCAUUUGAAAGAGCCGCAUAAGUUUUUGUGACUUCAUUAUGGACUCAAUGAGUGAGGCGUACUUCAUUACGUUAGACUUUUGAAGUCGAUUUGUUAUCAUACCUUGUGGAAACUAUUAUACCCAUGAAUUGACAAUCGCCAGAUUGUUGUAUUUGCAUUUCACAUGACUGUACCUACUCGAAACAUAUUCCGAUGUACUUAUAAAUUCAGGGGUUACAAAGCAAUGGACAAGGAUUCAUAGUAGUGAACCAACUUUAAUUUUGAUGAGAUAACAAAACUGCUUUUACGAAAUCAAUGAAUCAGAAAAAGAUGUUCAUUUUCUCAAAUUGUAUUCACAUUGGUUUGGCUGGCUGAUUAAAUAUAGGGAUUUAAAGCAUUAAUUUUUUUCCACACUUAAUAAUACUUCAUUUCGCCCAAAACUAUAUAUAUUUCUAUACCAUUAAUUUUCUGAAAUCAGUCAUUGAAUCUUCCUUGUUGCAUUUUCUCUUUCACAGAGGUCUAUUACUUUGCUUAUUCUUAUCAAUGGUAUAUAAUCGGCUAGUAGUUUUAGAAAAACUAGCGGAACAAUUUCCUCCUCUAUCAGCUCAUGAUCGGAAUCAUUUUCAUGAUCUGUUUGGAACAUCACCACAAGAAGAUCGAGGAUCUAUACCAAUUUACAAGGAUCAUUUAGCUUCAAAAUCACCUGAAUGGGCAAGAACACGAUUAAAAGUGAUGAAAGAUCUCAUACACCUGUUAUCUAAAACACUUAUACAGAUGCAGCAGACAUUAACUCAAGUACAACAGGGUAUAGAACUUCUAGAAUUCCCACCAUCUAACUUGGAGGAUAAUAUCAAGACAAGUAUGAAUGUGAAGACUCCGACAAAUACAGAUACGAAUUGUCCAGAUACUCAAACUAAACAUGUACCUUAAUGAUUAUCAUCACCAGGCAAUUUUGGAUGUAUCUUUUAUUUUUCUUACUUAUAAGCUAACUAACUAGUCAGUACUAUGUUUAUUAAUUGCUGAAUGUAAGAUAAUCAGUCAAUACUUCAGUUGAUUUAUCAUACAAUUACCAGAAAAUAUUGAUGUUUUUUUUUAACUUUUUGGAACUGUGAUAAUUUACGUUGUUUACAUGUUAAUAAUGGUUAACCUACUGUAUUGUUUUGUAUUAUUUCGCUAUUGGUCUUUUCUUCAUUCCAAUGAGCGAAUUCUUUUCUAUGUAAGGGUAUAUUAUAUUCCUUAUCAGAAAAUGGACACACUACUAAUAUUACUUAACAUUUAUUAUUAAAUCCACAUUUUGUUCAAUUUGCCCUUCACUUUUCCUAGAUUUAUUAUCAAUUCUCAUUACACUGGGCUCUUUCUUUCUUUCUUUCUUUCUACACUCAUGAUAAUUAUGCUGAUCUUUCCAUCUCAACAACAAAAAAUACUAUUUUUAAGUUG